ACCCCCUUUGGUGUUGAAGGAACUUUGGGAGUUUCAAAGCAUUCGUGUGAAGAAGAUUUUGAUUACGAGGCUGGAGCAGCUCGAGAUGUCGAUGGCCGACCGGUUUUCGAUGGUCUCUCCCUCGGGGGGAUCAGGUAUGAGUUGGUGGAUCGUGAUGCCCCCACCUCUUGGGUGAUCGAUGUUGCUGGUCACCUAGCGACGUACCGGGGAAGGGUCAUGGAGGACCGGACGGAUGAGCCGGGACGUCUGACGAGAGGAGUGCUACGACGUAUGGAGCUGAGUUUUGACUUGCCGCCCUCAGUUCACUGUGGACCAGGUACUGGUCAGGGACCACCUGCACCACCUCCUGCUUCAUCUUCUGAUGACAAGGACCCAGCAGAGAUCGAGCCUGUUGUUGCUGCACCUGUUGCGCCACCUCCUGCUACUGCUAUCGAUCCUACCGACGUGGCGUCGUCCUCUAGGCUUGUGCGGCCGAAGAGGGAGUCUGUUGUCCCAUCUGCCUCACGUCUCUUUUCUUUCUCUUCACCGCACGGCUACCGUGUGGACCCCUUGGUUAGGGUGGUGGAGGAGGAUGUUCUUGCAGGAGAGGUGGAUGUGGAGACCGGCUCGACUAGGACGGUGCGCAGGACAGUUAGGAGGGAGGUCAUGGACUUGGACACCGAGAUGAUUACGGUGGAUUCCGACUCUAACUCCGAGAGCAGUGGGGAGAGCUACUCGCCGAGCAGCGAUGAGGAGGAGGAGCUAUGAGUUGAGCUGGGAGGGUAGGUUAGGCUGGCGUCAUUUUUUGUGUAGAGCUCUGAUCGUCUUACUUUUUGGGACAGGGUAGGUUCCCGAUGUGUGGCUUUUUGUGUGGUUCUUUUGAGGAGGAUCACAGAGAGUCUGUCGGAGUAUAGGGGUCUUUUGUCCAGGCCGUUUUUGGGUGCCGACUUUCUCUUGGAUGACUGUAUAUUUGAUACUUUGACCUACAGUCCUGGUUCUGUAUAUAUUUGUCUGCGGGCACACUACUUUGGAGUCACUGCGAGUGCGCGUGACGGGAGAGUGCAGCUGAGGCUGUACAUGUGUAUAUAUUUGUAUAUUGGUUAGUUAGUGUUGGGUUAUGUCUUUAUUUUCUAUCGCUUUAUUUAAAAGGAAUCAAACGAAAAAAAAUUUACCUGUUUUCCGCGUAAAGUUUAUUUUUGGUUACUAAAGUGACACCCGGAAAUCGGGGUGUUACAUGUAACGUAUUACAAUAUGUGCUCUUUUGGCCUCACCUUUUUAAAGACGCCUAUUAUUUGGUAUAGUCAUGUGUGAAUGUAACAUCUCGCACUCUCGCCGACCAGUAAUGACUUUACAUUAGUGUUGAGAAUAAGCUAAGAAUAUAUGUGUGUGUGUGUGUGUACGCGCGCGUGUGGUAUGGUAUGUUUGUGCAUGUUAAAUCUCAAUUUAUGCGUAGUCAAACAGUCCAUGAAUCGAUUAGGGCAACACCGACCAUGAGGACCAAGGACAUGGUUGUCACAACCCAAUAGGAGCUCAAAACCUAAGAGAGAAGCAAUCUGAUCAACUCUCUUGAUAAUGAGGAGUAUUAUCUCAAAGUGAUCAAAACUUGAGCUGAGUCGAAACACUUAGACUCUAAUGACUUAUAUCACAUGAUACUGAGCAUUGAGAAGGGAAAUACACUCUCAUAACUCAGCACUAUGCUUGAUUAAUAGGGCACAAUGACAUGUUCGUUCUGUUCUUAAGACAUAAUUAAAGUCGAUUUGAACGUACGACCAACCGGGGUAACUUGUCAUUAUGCCUGAUUGAUUAGGUCAUUAUUCAUCAAUAGUUACUAACCCUAACCAACCUUAAACUCACUCAGACCACCUCUACAGCAGACCAGCUCGUGAUUCACAAUCACAUCAGCCUUAAAGCUUGAGCUAAACCUCUAGCAUGAAACUCCAUUGGUAGUGCAACAAGCUUAAGUGCAAAGCUUGAUUUUGAAAAAUAAUCAUCUUAUAGGCUAUAAAAUGGCAUCCUUUGAAGCCCUUAGACACCCAGAAACAGAGCUUGAAGUUCAUAAGCAAGUGAGGCAGAGAGAAGAGCCCUCAACUCUCUCAAAACUGAGUCAUCAUCAUCACCAUUUCCUCUCUUUGAUUCUUCCUUUUAUUUGAGAUUUUAUGAGUAAUUAUUCCUCCAUUGAGUCCCUAGGAGGUAGAGGACUCGAUAUGGGUUGGUUUGGUGAAGAUCUAGGCAAGAAAAUAGGGAAACCGAUGAAGAUUUAACGAUUCCAGCGAAGCUGCCCAUAAUCAAGCGACCUGAAACUCCACUUUUUGGCCAUCUCUGAUCACUCUAGCGUCACCCAUCACCACCAUUUUCUUCCUCUCAACAAGGGGAACAAGGCCCAGUACCUAGAGGUGCUCUGGCGAGCCAACCACCGCGAGCGCCGCCGUCAACCUCGUCUUCUCCGGCGAACCAUCGAUUGUAUGAACCCACAACUUGUUUUUCUUCGUGUUUUUCGAUUCUAAAUUCAUCCUUAAGCUUAUUAAGAUGAAUUUAGGAAGCAUUAGGAUAGUUUUAUGCCUUGGAACCAUAGGAAUCAAGAGAGACAAGUUUGAGCUAUAUUACUUGAAUUUUUCUUGAGUUGGAGCUCUGGUCGAGCUUUUGAGCACCACGAGACCAUGAUAGGAACCCUGGAACCCUGUUGAACGUGAUAGGUAACCUAGAAGAUUAAGAGAGAUCCUGAGGAGAGAAAUUAAUUAUCUCACCUUCUUGGGAAGCUUGAAGAAGGAAGGUUCGUGGAAGAAUUUCAUGGCCAAGCUCUCUGGAACCUAGUAUAUUAUAGUGGAACUUUGAGUUUGUGAGCUUGAGCUUGAACUUAUAAACCAUAGGAGAAAGAAAGUGAUAACCCUAGGAGGAAGUGUGUAGCUUACUGAGGUUUCAAGGGUGACUUAGGGAAGGUUAGAGUUGGAUACAUAUAUAUAGGGGGAGGGAGAGAGAAGGAAAAACCUUGGGUAGAAUUUGAAAGAAAACCCAAAGUGAAAUACUCCCUCGGUCCCCAUUUAUAAGUCACUUUUAUCUAAUUCUCUAGGAUUAAGAAAAGUAGUUGCUAGCAAUAAAUUGGUAAAAAGUUUUAUCAACUUUCCUAGAUUGCCCCAUAAAUUCCUCUCUCGAAAUUAAUUUUCUUCGAAGUCACACCAUCUCUUUCAUAUUAAAUAUGGGGGUAAUUUUGGAAAAGGGUAUUAAAUGAUGCAUUGGUCUUAUAAAGUGACUUAUAUUUUGGGAUAGAAAAAACUCUAAAAAUGUGACUUAUAAAUGGGACAGAGGGAAUAUAUGAGUAAUGAGAUAGAAACGAAAUAAUUGAACUUAAAAUGAGAUAUAUUUAAAAAGUGCCAUAAUAAUAUGCUCUUUAGACUCGUUGUGACAUUAGUACGAUCAAUAAUGCAGAGGAAGAGGACUCGAACUUCCAUGCCGAGAAAAAGUUAAGGGCCUGUUUGGUUUGAGAAAAUGUUUUCUAUUUUCAUUUUCUAGUUUCAUUUUCUGAAAACAGUUUUCAUUUUUAAAUUUCUAAAAUUAAGAAAACAUGUUUGGUUAGACUUGUUAUUUUCUAUUUUUGAAAAGUAAAAAUAUUGAAAAUGUGUUUGCAUUAACCAUUUUCAAUAAAACAGGUAUGAACUAUAUUUUGUAAAAAUUUAAAAAUGAAAUUUAUUACUAAGAAUACAUUCAUAUUUAUGAGAUUAAUUUUUAUACACCGACGGUGUAAAAAGUUAUACAUCAUCAUUCAAUCACAACCUUCCAUUUUCUAUUUUAGAUAUUAUUAAAUUUAAAAUUAAUUGUGAGCUAACAAAAUGGAGGGAUGCGAUUGAAUGAUGGUGUAAAACUUAUUUACACCGCCGAUGCAUAGAAAUUAAUCUCCAUAUUUAUUAUGGAACACUUUAUAAAUUAAAUAAAAAUGUUUAUUAAAGGUUGAUAUUUUUCAAUAAAUAUAGUGUUUAAUUCCCAUUAUUUUAAUCUGUGCAAGACUACCUACCCACAAAAAAUCCGUGAAGAGUCCAUUCACUCCCUAGCUUUUUUAUUUUUGGUCAAAACUCCCUUGCUUUAUACAUUCUACAAGAGCAAAAGCAUUUUCAUGAAAAAAGAAUCUUCCUUUCAGGAAGUGACGGAUUGACGGUGCUGGUUCAUGGAAUUUUUUAUUCCUGAAAUUCGGUGUGUGCUUCACCAGAGUAAAAUGAAAAAUUUCCACUUUUUUUAUGGACAAUCGGAGUCGAACUCACUACAAGAAAGUCAAGUGAAUAAAAAAGAACGGAUUUAAAACAAACUUUCACCUAUUCACAAAAAUGCCACCGCGUCUUUUUCAUUUCCAUUUCCUGAGACUUUCAACAGAAAACGUAGAAAACGAGUUUUUUUUUAUUUUCAGAUUUCCACCUAUUUUGGAAACAUUUUCUUUAAAAACAUUUUCAUAAAAGUUAAGUAAACGCAUUUUCUAUCUAAUUUCUCAUUUUCUUUGAAAAUGAAAACAGGAAAUGGGUAAACCAAACAGGCCCUAAAUAUUCGAGGUAAGAGGGUUGGACAAGACCUUUUCUUAUUACAUACCACAUAAGUUGAUCGUUACAAUGAUAGAAAGCAUAUUAUUAUUGCUUAUAUGUUAUUGAAUACAUGCUUGAAUUAUGAUCGAGGAUUGAUUGAUUAUGUGAAGUUGAGAUGCUUGUGAUUGCUAUUAUUGUUGCUGAAGUGAUUGUACAUAACCGUAAUGCUGCCUUGUUAUAAAGGGUUAGAAGUACACUAUAGGAUAUAGUGGUACUUAGGAAUGAUAGCCUUAUGGCUUGGUAGCAAAAUUUUCAUAAGACAAUGACACUUAUGCAUUUGGGGUAGAAGGGAAGAGGAAAAUGAUCUCGCUGCAUAAUGAGUUACUAAUACUAGUUUAUGAAAAUAAGCCUACCCAUAACUUGUUAGGAAUUCGCAUUUAGGAUAGUUAGAUUGAUAAUAAGAAUUAAGGAGAAGAAGUACGCAAUGAACCCUAUUCAAAAGAAAGAGUAUAUGACCAUUAUCAGACGGAGUGAAGAUUUCCUGUUUGGAAAACCCGACUACCUGAUCUUGCAAAAGCUCUGACCUAAGCAGGUUUUGAGGAAUACUUACUCAAGGAGUAAGGAAAUGGAUGCCUAUUUCUAUCUUACUAUAAAAUGAUACGAAGAAUAAGGGGGCGUAUGUUUGAUGAUUGCAAUAAAAUACAAGGAGUGACAAGGAGUAGGAAAGUGUUGUCACUACCACUAGAGGAGAGUGGGAAAACAGAGACACAAAUGGUGGUCUUGUGAAAGUUAGGGUAGAAGACAUGGAGUUGCUGGAAGGAGAGUUCUCUUUGGAGGAAAUUUGGGAUACAAUUAAGAUAUGGAAAUAGUUCACCUAGGCCCGACGACUUCAAUAUUAAUUUCUUCAAGCAGUUUUGGCAUAUCAUAAAAGAGGAUGUCCUGAAGGUUUUCAAGGAUUUUCACUCAAAUGGAAAACUUGUUAGGGACCUUAAUGUUGCCUUCAUAACUCUGAUCCCAAAGGUUGGAAAUCCCAACUCCCUUUCCGAUUAUCGUUCUAUUUCUCUAAUAGGAAGUGUAUACAAAUUGUUAGCCGAAGUUAUAGCUGGGAGAUUGCAGAAGAUUAUGUCGUGCUUGUUGUUACAGAAUCAGUUUGCCUUCACAAAAGGGCAACGGAUUGCGGAUGCGAUUCUGAUAACAAAUGAGGUGGUUGAUUCGUUGAAGAAGAGGGAUGAGGGUGGCCUUCUUUUGAAACUUGAGUUCGCCAAGGCUUAUGAUAAUUUACACUGGUCCCUUCUUUUAACUACCUUGAGCGAAUUGGGGUUUGGACAUAAGUUGUGUUGGUUAAUGGGUCUCCUACAUAAGUUUUUUGAGAUUGAAAAGGUCCCAAGCAAGGAGACCCAUUGUCUCAUCUUCUCUUUAACCUAUGUGUGAAUACCCUCUCCUAGAUACCUCUAAUUGAAAAGGUAAGAGCCAAGCUGAGGCAUUGAAGCCCAAUUCUUUUAUCAAUAAGUAGUAGACUUAUUCUCUUAAAAACCGUCAUCUCUCCUAUCCCAAUUUACUACAUGUAUGUUUUUAAGGUCCCUAUUGGGGUGGUAGAAGAUAUUAAAAAACUAAUGAGCUCCUAUAUAUGGGGGAGGUAUGAUGGUGGGCGAAUGAUUUCAUGGAUUUCUUGGGACCAAGUAUGCAAUAGUGUGGAAUCGGGCGGUCUUGGGUUAGGGUCUUUGAGAAGAAAGAAUGAAGCACUUCUUAUUCAGUGGGCAUGGAAGUUUGGCACCGAGAAACAUGCUCUAUGGAGGAGGAUCAUGUGUGCAAAAUACGGUGGAAUGAAAGACGCUUGGUCUUUCAAUUUUUGAUGGGUUGUAUGGGGAGGUAUUCGAAAAUUAUGCAAGACAUUAUAAGGAAUCUCAAGGAAAAAUCUUUGUUGGUUGUUGGCUUUAGAGACCAGUGUAUAUGUAGAGUGGGAGUGGGAGAAUCAAUUCGCUUCUGGAAAGACCCAUGGGCAGAUUACUUACCACUACAACAAUCAUUCUCUAUGGUGUUUUCUCUCUCAAAAAUAAGUCGGUCAUGCAUCAUGACAUAUAUUUUGGCAAAGAAUGGUUGUGAGAGGGCGAUCCCAAUCUGUACUGUUCUCAAUCCCCCACAACCUCUGGAUCAAUUGUCAAUUCCCUCUUAGUGGGGUGCUGAUCCAUCUCUGGAUUUUGUUUUGGUGGCUCACCUUGUAUUGUCGUAGCGCGAGGCACAUGCUGCGUUUUCCUAGUUGCUCCCAACAGGUUCUGUUUCUUGGUCACUGAUGAAGUUUUGGCCUUUUGGUUGCAUGCUUGCUUUUGUAGUUUUACAUCAUUGUUAUUUUGCCUACAUGCUUUUGUGUUGAAAAGGAUCCCCCUUCGUAAGGACUAAGGACCUGUGUCAGGAGAAGGUUUAUUGGAUUGUCAAGUAGCUGAACGGGACUCUCUGCUUUGUGACUCAUGAGUCUUUGGAGCCUAUUGGACAAGUAUUGUUAGGUUGCUGAUAUCUCCUUUUUCAUCCUGGGCACUUCUUCCUCUUAGUGUGAUGCUCAAUGUUUUUAUUUAACUUCUCUUGGUUU